UUGCGCGUGGCGCACGGGGUGGGAGCGGAGCCCAGACCGGGAGCAGGCACCACCGCCAGCGACCAUGGGGAACGUGUUGGCCGCUAGCUCGCCGCCCGCAGGGCCGCCGCCUCCACCUGCGCCGGCCCUCGUGGGUCUGCCGCCACCUCCGCCCUCGCCGCCGGGCUUCACGCUGCCGCCGCUGGGAGGUGGCCUGGGUGCAGGGGCCAGCGCAGGUCGAGGUUCGGAACGGACCCCGGACCCCGGGGCUGCCACCGUCAGUGCCGCAGGGGUGGCUGACGACGACGGGGCCUGCGGCUGCCUGCCCAACCCCGGCACGUUUGAGGAGUGCCACCAGAAGUACAAGGAGCUGUUUCCCAUUCAGAUGGAGGGUGUCAAGCUUACAGUCAACAAAGGGUUGAGUAACCAUUUCCAGGUGAACCACACAGUAGCCCUCAGCACGAUCGGGGGAUCCAACUACCACUUCGGGGUCACAUAUGUGGGAACAAAGCAGUUGAGUCCCACAGAGGCGUCCCCUGUGCUGGUAGGCGACAUGGACAACAGUGGCAGCCUCAAUGCUCAGGUCAUUCACCAGCUGGGCCCUGGCCUCAGGUCCAAGAUGGCUAUCCAGACCCAGCAGGCCAAGUUUGUGAACUGGCAGGUGGACCGGGAGUACCGGGGUUCUGACUUCACGGCGGCCGUCACCUUGGGGAACCCAGACGUCCUGGUGGGUUCAGGAAUCCUCAUGGCCCACUACCUCCAGAGCAUCACGCCGUGUCUGGCCCUGGGUGGCGAGCUGGUCUACCACCGGCGGCCUGGUGAGGAAGGCACCGUCAUGUCGCUGGCUGGGAAAUACACACUGAACAACGGGUUGGCCACAGUGACGUUGGGCCAAGCAGGCAUGCACGCGACCUACUACCACAAAGCCAGUGACCAGCUGCAGGUGGGCGUGGAGUUCGAGGCCGGCACGAGGAUGCAGGACACCAGUGUCUCCUUCGGGUACCAGCUGGACCUGCCCAAGGCCAACCUCCUCUUCAAAGGCUCUGUGGACAGCAACUGGAUCGUGGGCGCCACGCUGGAGAAGAAGCUCCCGCCCCUGACGCUGGCACUCGGGGCCUUCCUGAACCACCACAAGCGCAAGAACAAGUUCCAGUGCGGCUUCGGGCUAACCAUUGGCUGA